GCCAUAGAAUCAAGGGGGUCUCCUCUAGUCUGGGAUCGCGAUAUACAAAGGUUCUUUGCUGUUUUACUCCGACGGACUACUUUGCCUAAACUAAGCGUGGUAGGACACUUCUCAGGAAACGUACACACGCCUUUGCGUUGUGAGGAGACCUGAUCCUUCGCUCUAUCCUCUCAUCCUACAAUAGCACCACUCGUGCAUCUCCACCCUUUUGCUCCGGGGACUUCCUUUUGUAGGGGGUAGAACCCCUCCCCCCCCACUCUGGCCACGCCCCUCAACGGAAGGACAAAGGGAAAGAGCCCAAAGACUCGAUCCUUGUGGGAAAGCCAAGACAUUGGCGGUUCUAGCUUGUGGACUCCUUGGGAUGCUUUCCCACUCGCGGUUUGCUGCUUUUAUCAUGGUUUUGAUCUGACGCGUCAGUCAACAACCUAUUGACGCCAGUCACCAUGGCGACGGGACGCGGCUGGAUUUUGAGGCAGCACAGUUUAGGCUUCUUACGUUCCCCGGGCCCUGUGGUAACUCAUCCCUCUGGAAAGAACGCCGACGCGAUGAGUUCCUCUGUCCCGGGCAGUGCCUCAGCAAAACAGUCCACUACUUUGGCUCUGCCGCUCUCUAAAGUCAAAGGGAUGCAAAUUCGCAGUCGGCAUUGGAAGUCUGCUAUCAAAUCUAAUUCUUCAGUCAACUUUGACAGCAUGCCUUCAGAGAUACUACUGAAGAUAUUCUCAUACUUGGAUGCUCAAUCUCUGCUUUGUGCUGGCUGUGUCAAUAAACGUUUUUAUCAUCUCUCCAGUGACAAUUCCUUGUGGUUUAAAAUGUACACUUCAACUUUUCCACCUAAAAGGAAAAAAUGGAGAGCCAAAUCUGUUGAGGAACCAACAACACCUCUGAGCCCUCCAGAGUCUCAAGAAAGGGAAUCGGGAUAUUGGAAGAAAGAGUAUAUUUUGAAAAAUAUAGCAGCUAUUAGAAGUGACAUAAUCCAACUUUUAAAGCCAAUAAAUACUUAUACGGGUCUUCCGCUGAAGAUGGAUAAAGCUAUCAAGUUCUCUGGUUUGAGAUGGGUGAUCAUACUAAAGGACAAAAAUGGGAAGGAACAUAUAACGGAUCAAUCAGAUAUCUCUCUGAAUGAGACAUCUAUUACUAUAUCUUGGUACAGUGUAAAGUGGCCAUGCUUAGAGAUGUUGUCAACUUUGCAGUUAUGUGGAGUGACACCAGUACUUUUGAAUAAGGGUAAAGUUUAUAAGAAUGGGCCUUGGAGGCGUUCCUUAAUUUCCGAAUAUGAUCUGGCUAAUCUGAGUGAAAAGGCAAACAUGAUUGGUUGUGAUCCAUUUGUUCAGCUUUACCGCUUUGAUCAAGGACUUCUGGUGGGACUUUGGAAAAAAAAUGGAAUUGCUUUCAUUAUGGCAAGUCUUCAUCACCAUCAACUUAUUGAAAGAAGCACCCUUGGCACUGCUACAGUGAAGCAUCCUGAAGCCCAAGAUAAAGCCAUCUUGGAUGAUGUUGACCCAGAAUAUGGCAUGCAUGGCUAUCAGCUACACAUUGAUCUGUACAGCAGUGGAAAUACAUACAUGUGUAGCACAUUUCGUAGUUUGUUUUGUACAAAAGAUUACAUUAGAAAUGGAUACCUGAGACUUUCAGUGAUAAGUUACAAAAAUAAUGCCCAACACCUACCUCUUGUUGGAAACGUUGGGUUGUCUUGGAGAGUUGAUGCAUUUGAAGGGAAUGUUAAGAACUGUUUCAUCAUGGAUGUCACCGUUCUGGAUUAUUCACAAAAACCAUUUUGGUGUGUUAGUGCUCCAGUCUACAUGAUACUUUCUGCCAAACCAUCUGUCUUAUACCAGUAUUUAGGACCAAGUUAUGUUGUGAAAUAUGUAGAUUCUACUGGAAAAGUACACAUGGAGCUGGUGUGGAUGGAAGAAACAAAUGAAUACUAUGUCGUUAAUCUGGUCCUUUAUUUAAGCACUCGCAAAGUUAAUAGUUGGUUUGGCACAAACUAUUGAAUUUACUUUCUUGAGAGAUACUGUGAGAUUUUUUUUCAGUUAUUUGAUAUUUUUUGUGUCUCAUAAUUCAUAUUUUACAGAAUUUCUUCUGUCAACUUUGUGUUGGGAACAAGGCUUAAUUUUGGAAGGUAUAAUGUAAAAUAAAUUAUUUUUUGUCUCUGGGAUACAUUUGUCACUGCAUACAUUUAGUCUUCCAAAAGUAAAAGAACAACAUCCUUGUGUAUUUGGGUGAUUUCCCCACAUUUUGAAGCUGUUUCUGCGGAUAUUUUUUCAGUGGACAGACCUACUGUAUAAAAACAUUUCAGUGCUGCUAAAAUUAAGGAUAGC